UUGAAAACAUUUAAGAAACAGGCGGCCGCGCUACAAUGUAUACGUUCGCGACUGCAACAGUUACAUUCUUGCUACAAUGUGUUUUCUUUGUGAACGGCAAGACUGUAUCCGGUGUUUUUAGAAGCGACUUGGCGAGAGAGACGAAUGGGCAAUACAUCACCAAAUUCUUCUAUCAAGCUGGAGAUGGACUGAUGGUCUACAGAUUGGAAAAUGUGCCAGUGGCCAUUCAGAAGGAGGCAAAACUGCUGAUGUUCAAUGACGUGCAGGGUUUCGACAAUCUGAGCUGUCUGGACAGACUUUCCCAUGCCCAACUGUCAAUAAGCCUGAGUGCGGAGCAGCACAAUCAGACAGUGCCACAGCAGGUGUACCCCCAGGCAUGGCACAUCCUGUAUGUGGACCGCUACACGUGCCAGGAGUCGGACACCCAGGCGGCCCCCUCCGAAGACCUCAACUUCCAGAUCAUUCUGAUGAACCCCGACUCUGCCGGGAACCCCCUGGACCACUUUAGCGCAGAGGAAGCUGGUCUUCACAGUUUCUACUUCCUGCUUAUUUUGGCGUACUUCAUCGCAUCCUGCAUCUACAUGCAGCCGCUGUGGCAGGCCCUGUACAAGGGCGGCCCCAUGCACACUGUGCUGAAGGUGCUCACUAUCGCCCUCCUGCUGCAGGGAGUGUCGGUGCUCUUCAACUACAUCCACAUGGCCAGUUAUGCAAGAGAUGGAGUGGGAACCCCUCUGAUGGGCAGUCUAGCAGAGUUCUGUGAUAUGGUGGCCCAGGUGCAGAUGCUGUAUAUGCUGCUGAGUCUCUGCAUGGGCUGGACUCUGAGUCGCAGCAAGAAGACUCAGACCAAACCCCUCCAGUGGGACUCCUCCCCCAAGUCUACCUCUCUGGCUAUCGGAGCCGUCGUGACACAGGGUAUCUUGCUGAUCUGGGAGCAGUUUGAGGAUACGGAGCACCACAGUUUCCACUGGCAGCGCAGUGUGCCGGGGCUGCUCCUGAUGCUGUUUCGGGUGGCGCUGGCCGUGCUCCUGGCCUCCGUGCUCUACUACAUCACCUCCGCAGAGAGGAGCGCGCUCAAGAGGGACUUCUACCUGCACUUUGCAAAGGGAUGCUGUUUAUGGUUUCUGUGCCAUCCAGCGCUCGUUCUUUUCUCAGGGAUUUUUAAUGAGCACCAGCAGGAAAAGGUGGUCGCCAUCGGAGUCAUCCUAUGUCAGUCGAUAGCUGUGAUAGUCCUCUACCAGCUGUUUCUGUCGAGGAGUCUUUACUGGGAAGUGUCCUCGCUGUCCUCUGUCACACUCCCCUUCAGUAUGUCCCGAACCCAACGGGGACGUUUUUAAACUCCAACUGCUGUGGUAGUAAAGUACUUCAUACAGUACAAACUAGAAAUUUCCGCCAGACAAGAUGGCGGAUGGAGAAGAACUAGAGAGUGUAACUCUGGUGAAGACGGAAAGACUAUCACAACCUGGUUGUAUGCACACGCAAAGCAGGAAACCAAAAAGGAUGAACAGCAUACUGGAUUGUCCAAUGUGAAACUGUGAAUAUGUCUGAUGCUGGUGAAAUCAAUGCAAGCCUUUGGAUUUAAUGACGAUGAAUGCUGGUAGCCUGGUACAAGAGAGACUACUUUAUUCUUAUUGUGAAGCAGAGACUUCCUAUCACACUGCACAAAUCGUGUCAUUGAUGAACUUUAGUGAAUUGGGGGGG